CAAACCUUAUGCUUACAGAAAGAUCCCUUUACCGAAAGUGCACUGGAUCCUUUAUUAAAAUUUCUCUUCUACCUUAUUUUUCCAGUAAGUUUUGGAAAUGUUAGAGAGACACCCACAUGGCUGUACAAGCCCAAUGCAACAUCUCUGGCUCUGACCCAGUCUGUUAUAAUGAAGGAUCAGGUCCACUCGCGGUCAUUAUUAUUCCAAGCUUGCUGGCUCUCAGCACCCUGAUUGUUGUGUCGCAGAUAAUAUGGAGCUUUGUUACCAAAAGAUCUUCAGCUCAGAAAAUCACAAGCUCAUCUUCAAAUGUAAAUGAAAGGGAUCAUGUACAACUGGAUGGAGGUUUUGGGAGCCUACGGCCUGCAAAUGUCCUGGGUCCAUUAGAGCUACCUGUUCAGUGCACCCUGGAGGGGGUGGAGGUGCUUCAGAUGGGACGUUAUGGACCAAUCUGCAUGGGUCAGCUAAAACAAGACAAAACAUCCACUGCUGUUAUGAUUAAAACUCUUAAAGACAGAUCAACUCAACCGGAGGCUGCAGAAUUUAUGGAUUUGGUCCUCUUCCAUGCAGCAGUGAGCAAACAUGAGAAUAUAGUGAAGCUGCUUUACUGCCAGACACGCCGGACGCCCAUGUACCUGCUUUUAGAGGCAAGCAUUCCAGGAAACCUCCUAAAUUUCCUCUGGAGUCUUCGAGAGGACAGGUGUGGUGAAUCUUCAGUGUUUUCAGAAAAAUCAGUCUUUCUAGUAGCUAAGCAGGUAGCAGCGGGUCUGGACUAUCUACACUCCCACCACAGAGUAAUUCAUGGGGAUGUUGCAGCGCGGAACAUGUUGAUCGGUUCAGGGUUCUCUGUCAAGGUCUCUGGAUUGGAUUUUGCUUUUGAGAGCAGACAGAAGAAAAAAGUGGACAGGGAACAAGAAGCCAACGUGCCAGUAAAAUGGCAGGCCCCGGAACGGAUGAUGAGGCUUCCUCUAACAGACAGGAGUGAUGUAUGGUCCUUUGGAAUCCUCCUUUAUGAGAUGAUAACCCUGGGGUCUCCUCCUUAUCCUGACCUGGACCCGUCUGAAGUGCUGCCCAGAACUUUAGCCCAUUACCGGAUGAAAAGACCAGAAAGCUGUGGAGCUCCAUUGUUUGACUUAAUAAAGUACUGCUGCAUGUGGAACUUCAAGGACCGGCCAGUGUAUUCUGCCAUCAUUCGGCUUCUGGACUCGUACAGCUACUUCGCUGACACAAAACCACUUCACUCUGAAGUGCAAAUGGACGUCAGUGAAUAUAAAAAGAAAGCAGGACUGCCACCAUGAACUCUACACAUGUCCUGCUCAUUUCUACAGAGCCUGGCACAACUAACUUACCCUUAGGUCAUAUAGGAAUUUGUUCAUCUUGAGAACAUAAAUAUAUAUAUUUUUUAAGGCAAGGCAAGUUUAUUUAUUUUGCACAUUUCAUCCCCUAUGAUAAUUCAAAGUGCUUUACAUAAACAAGAAUAAAAAAAAACACAAAAAACAAAGAAUAAAAAUGAUUAAAAACAGAUCAAAAUGUGUUAAAACAGGUGAAUGAAAAUGAAAAAAAGACAUAAUAGUGCUAUCUGUUGGACAUAGCACAGUGCUCAUUCAGUAAAGGCACAGCUAAACAGAUAUGUUUUAAGUCUUGAUCUGAAUUUGCCUAAUGUUGGAGCACAUCUGAUCAUUUCUGGAAGCUGAUUUAACUACAGCUAAAAAGCACACUUUCGUUUUUUAGGCUCAUUUUACAACACCCCUAGAGUUAAGCGAUUUAGUUUAAUUUUCAAGUUGUCACUUUUUAAACCCAUUCAGCUGAUCUCCAGGUCUGGCGAAAGCACUUUUAGCUUAGCUUAGCAUAAAUCAUUGAAUUGGAUUAGACCAUUAGCAUUAAUUCUAUAAUAUUCGAUAAUAUUCGUUCAUUUUCUUUUCGGCUUAGUCCCUUUAUUAAUCCGGGGUCGCCACAGCGGAAUGAACUGCCAAUUUAUCCAGCAUAUGUUUUAUGUAGCAGAUACCCUUCCAGCUGCAACCCAUCACUGGGAAACAUCCAUACAAACUCAUUCACACACAUACACUACAGACAAUUUAGCUUACCCAAUUCACCUAUAGAACAUGUUUUCGGACUUGUAGGGGAAACCAGAGCACCCAGAGGAAACCCACAUGAACACGGGGAGAACAUGCAAACUCCACACAGAAAUGCCAACUGACCCAGCCGGGGCUUAAACCAGCGACAUUCUUGCUGUGAGGUGAUUGUUCUACCCACUGUGCUGCCGACCAUUAGCAUCUUGCUAAAAAUUUUACAAAAUGUACCAAGAUCCAUAGAAAAAUAAACAGUUGCUAUUUUUCUUGUUAAAUACUUGAUUAUUACUCCAGAAUGAGAGUACAAUUCCUAGUUAUAUCCGCCUAGAAAAUACCAACUGUUAAUUUUCCGUCUGUCUUAGUACAUCAUAGCUGCAUCCCAAAUCGCAUACUCAUGCACUAUUCUACACCAUUUUGUAGUGUAAAUAGUGCAUGUAGUGCGUUCAUACAGAAAUAUUCGCUUUAUUCUAAAAAUAACAAGUGCACUUUAAAUAUCCGGAUGUUGCACUUCUUCAACCUUUAAAAAGGAGUGUGGAAUGAUGGACACUUCACGCAUUCAACGGUCGCAGCUUUGCUCACGUAGCGGAAGGGGUGGAGCUUUCAGGCACUGAUGUUGGAUUACUUUUUACUAUUUUACUAUUUAUUUUGUAUAGAUUGAAGCAAAAUUCUCCUACGAGAGUGAUUAUACCGCCUCUUGAUGGUGAAUGCGGUUAUUCUCAUGGCAGGUAUUAUUUGGUAGUUUGAUCAUUUAUUUUGUUAAUUUGGCAAUUGACAAACGUCAUCUGGAAAACGGUUUGAAUUUCCACUUAGUAAAAACAAAACAUUAGUGUUCCAUUUAGGACGACACCACAUACAUAUACUAUGCUGUUGAGUGUGUAAGUGCAUAAGUAGAUAGUGUAUAGUUUGCCAUUUGGGACGCAGGUCAUGUAAACACUGAAGGGUUGAGCUUUAAAAAGGAAAAAUACCCCCCAAAAAUUAUCAAAAUAUCUAUUUUUUAAAAUUUGAGCAAGAUGCUAAUGGUCUAAUCUGAUUCAAUGAUUUAUGCUUUGCUAAGCUAAAAGUGCUCCAGCAAACCUGGAGAUUGGUUGAAUGGAUUCAAAAACUGCUUAACCCUAGGGGAGUUGUAAAAUAAUAGUAUUUUCAAUAAAAGAGGAGCGUUCCUUGAAAGAUUUCUGUCCCUCAGAUAAGUGUCUGUUCAUCAAAAACUCUUAAUUCUUCAAAACGUUAAUAAAGAGAUUCAGAAAUAUACAUAGGAACACAGCAGUUUAUUCUUCUGAAUCGCAUUAAAUUUACAUAAUAAACAGACUUUGUUUAGAUCUUGUCUGAAGAUGAACAAAUUUAUUAUGGGUUUAGUUAAGAAUGACAUAAGGGUGAGGUUAAUUUUGGGGUGAACCAACCCUUGAAAGCUAACACAAAACAGGAAUAUAAUUUUACAAAUAAAAAUUUAAAUCAG